AUAACUUCUUAUCCAGCCCUGGCCAAUGCAUAACAUCUCUGUUUCAUAGCACAUUAGAAACGAUACGGAAAAAUGGCGAGUUUGGCUACUAAGGGAUCAGGACUUGUAAACAGGCUUCUUACACAGGCCAGGCCACAGCUGGAUGUGUUCCUAAAGUACGCCAAAGUGGAGCUUACGCCCCCAACUCCAGCCGACAUUCCGGCCAUCCGUCAGGGACUUGGCAACAUCAUCAAGGGAGCCAAGACCGGUGCCUACAAGAACCUCACCGUUCGCGAGGCCUGGCUUAACACCCUGGUGACCGCUGAGGUCAUUUUCUGGUUCUACAUUGGCGAGUGCAUCGGCAAACGCCACAUUGUGGGAUACAAUGUCUAAAUUUACUAUAGUCUAUGCUUGGCAGUUUUUGGAAUGAUUGAAAAAAUCUUAAUUGUGAACAUUUCGACACUGAAUAAAGUGGAAUAAUACGAUAGUA